AUGCAAGUGCAAGAGGAGCAGAACCUUUGGAUCACUAUUGCGGAGCGGAAUGCUAGGUGGGAGACGGAGGUGACGAGUCCCUUUCACGCUCCCCGAAACGAGUGGGGUGCGACCUUCGCGUCGGCCAAAAUUCUCGAAGAGGACUGGCGGCAUGCGGAUGACCAGUUGGUACGUGCCGACAAGAAAUAUGCAGUGUUCGAGGAAAUCCAAACUCACCUGCGUGAUGCCCUACAUGAUGGAGUCUAUGAAACCAAGAAGGAGGAUUUGGAUGCCGCAGUCGCCCACCGAGAUGAAUGCCGAUAUGACGCCAUGAUUGCUUAUCGCGCCUUCGAAGAGCACGCUGCCACUGCCAGACGCAACACUUACAACUGGCAUGGUGGUCGUCGGCGGAUCGAUGCGGUGCAAUUGGCGCGACAGCGCAUGGAGCAACUAGAAGAGGGUAACAAGCUGAACAUGGACCUUGAAAUGAAAGUUUUGGCGGAACAACAUUUCAAGGUGGUUCACUCAGAACGACCGAAGAAGAUGAGCAAGGACAAUAAGAUCAAGGUGGUUGUGUACAGGAACAAGAUGCGAUCCGCUGAUACGGAGUGGCUGAAUCAGCGGGAUCUUGGGCAAGCGCCCGGAGAAGCAGAAGAGGACCUCCGCCGCACUCGAGAUCGCCAUCGAGCACAAGAAAAAGCCGAGACCCGAAUUUAUUUCGAGAAGAUGGCACGGCUUUGCGCUCUUGCUCACCAGUUGGCGCCGGAGAUGCUGCCCGAGCUGCGGAAACAUACCGACAAGUCGCUGGAGACUAGCUUGAGAAAGCUGAAGCCACAAGAUCAGAUUGAAGUUCUCAAAGUCUUGGACCACAACAUCAGCAUUUCUCAUUAUGAUCCAGAGCAGCUUUCUCAAGCAACGCCUCUUUCCGGUUCGGGAGCGCGGCAUGCCGUCUAUGAGAUGAGGUAUGAGGGCAGCCCAUGCGUGGUGAAGGUUUUCGAUCUGCACACUCACAGAGGAUUACCUGGUUUCAUCCAGGAAGUGAUGCUCCAUGUGAGGCUCCGACAUCCCUUGGUUGUUCCACUGCGCAGAGCCUUCAUUGACCACAAGGAGCAUCGUGGCUUCCUACAAUUUGAUCGCUACGACUGCAAUCUCGGAGAACACUUGUCAAGGAUCAGCCGCCCCCCAGCGCGUGCCGCACCGUUUUGGUGA